AUGAAGCACCAUGUUCUCCGUCAAGUCUCUGCGAGGGCCACGUUUGCUCUCGCUCAGCGACAGUGUGGACUAGUCCGGCUGAAACACACCGACUCAAGACAACGGCUUACCGACUUCUGGAUUCCGAUGGUGAACGUGCAGAAGCAAGAUGCCGCUGCCGAUGCCACCCAGCUCCUCAUCCGAGCUGGCUAUCUGCGGCAAGCGUACGCCGGCAUCUUCCAGAUGCUACCGCUUGGACUUCGAGUCCAAGAAAAGCUAGAACGACUGAUCGACAAACACAUGAAGUCUAUCCAGGCUUCUAAAGUAUCCUUGUCUUCGAUAUCAUCAUUAGCGUUGUGGCAGAGAUCGGGACGGUGGAAACCAGGGGCCGAGUUCUUCACAUUCAAGGAUCGAAGAGAUACGGAAUGGCUCCUAGCACCGACACACGAAGAAGAAAUCACGACUUUACUCGCGGACAUCAUCCGCACCCCUCAACAACUUCCUGUGCGUCUGUAUCAGAUUACACGGAAGUAUCGCGACGAGAAACGGCCGAGAGGUGGGCUCCUUCGAGGCCGGGAGUUUCUCAUGAAAGACCUGUACACGUUCGACUCAACGCCACAGGAGGCACAUGCAACAUACGACGACAUCAGAGGUGCAUAUCGCAACUUCCUGGAUGAAUUGACAGUCAAGUACAUCGAAGCCAGGGCCGAGUCUGGCGACAUGGGAGGAAAUCUCAGUCAUGAAUACCACUUCCCAAACUCCGCAGGAGAGGAUAUUGUUAUCACUUGUUCAGAUUGUGGCUAUGCCCGGAAUGAGGAAUUCGUUUCACAGAAGGCAUACCCUCCUCAGUUCAUCGAAAGUAUACCGGACCGCGAGUUAUCAGCAUCCCUCAAUCCUAGCGCGUACCUUCAACAAGACUUCCUCAGUAAAGACGGCCGUAGUCUUGUUCGCGCGAUCGCACCCAAGGAAACGGUUCAGGAUGCAACAGACGACAUCAAUCCGUAUGGUCUCAACUCGUAUGCCAUCAAAGCAGCUCUUGCCGGCGUCCUUGAGAUCGAUUCCGGCUUGGAACAUCCUUUCGCUUCCUUCGAGGGACGGCUGGCGACAGAUAGCGCGGACAAUGCGACCAAGGACGCAUCCAUCAUUUACCUUCUCGACUCUGGGGUGGAACCUGAGUCGAUUCACGAGCUGAUUUCACAGGACAUCGACCGGUUCUCUCACAACAACAUCAAAUUUUAUGUCAUCAGUGCGCCGAAAGACGACGGCCGCGGUAUCAACUUGCUCAAACAACAAUCCGGUGAUCCCUGUCCGGAGUGUUCGAGCGGCAAGCUUCAGCUACACAAGGCCAUCGAGGUCGGCCACACCUUUCACCUAGGAACCCGAUACAGUUCCAAGCUGGGACUGACCAUCAGGAAUCCUGAUGGCAAGGAAAGAGUUCCCGUCGAAAUGGGAUGCCAUGGGAUCGGUGUGUCCAGACUCAUCGCCGCCGUGGCAUCAUGUCUCGCGGACGAACGUGGCCUCAACUGGCCUAGAGUGAUUGCGCCGUUUGAAGUGGUGGUGCUUAUCGCAAAGCCUGAGCCGCAAAGGAUGCAGGCGGCCGAGCAGAUCUACGACCAACUAUCCAGCUCAGAACUUGGUGCGGCGGAUGUCCUCCUUGACGACCGAACGGAUCAAGGUCUGGGAUGGAAGCUGAAGGAUGCUGACAUGAUCGGCUAUCCUGUGAUUGUAGUGCUGGGCAAAGGCUUCGACCGAGGAAGGGUCGAGGUGCAGUGUCGCCGGCUGAAGAUCAAACAGGACGUGGAGAUGGACCGCGUGGUGGAAUUCGUGCAUGGUCUGCUCAAGCAGCUUUGA